AUGGUACGAUAUCAAGCUGAAAAAUAUGACGUCCUAGAAGCGCAGAAGUCAUCUCCAAUAGCUCCUAGACUUAUCGCCCACAAACAAAACGUGUUGAACAUCCAAAUCAAGUGUUACGGCAAGUGGACGCCAGCUAUGAGGUACGACAUCGCACAUCGCCGUAACGUCUGGGAAAAUCGCCUACUUGAUGGUUCAAUGGCAGAUGUAGGGAUGUUCAAUGCAGAGUUGGCCGAAAUAGCUAAAGAGGACGCAAAACACUUCGGAGACUAUCAAUAUGUCGAUAACCCCUAUGCUUUUGGGAAUGUGAUGCAACAUGUCAGCCCGAUCAAUGGGGAGACUUACCCUGCAAACGCGUCCUGGGAUUCAAACAGCGCCCUCAUAGACACGCAAGCUGAAAUGUUGACAGGAAGGAAUCUCUCUUCAGUGACCAACUUACCAAUACAUCAACCGAUCGCAGCAGCAGUUAAAAAUCCCAGCUCAGGAAAAGUGGCCGGAAACAGUUACAAAGGGAGGAACUACAACCCAAUGUAUGAUAGGACCCUUAGCCAUCACGCUUCACAAUGGAAUCAUCCUGCAGGUAGUGGGUAUAAUGAAGAGUUCGGAAUGACUUACUCAAACGGUAGGGGAACUGGUUGGAGAGGCGGAAGUCGAGGAAAUCCGUCAAGGGGGAGUAGAGGAGGUGCCCGAGGAGGAGGAGUUCGGCCGGCGAUAGGCCCUGGAAGUUUUGAUAAAGCCUUGGGAGUAGCUGGAAACAAAGGGAAAGAGAAAAGUGUUGCGAGUGGACAGUCUAACUCAACGUAA